AUGACCACUAAGUGUAACGGUUUCAGCGGCUCGGAGAAUCCUUCUCAACAGGCUUCCUCGAGUAUCGGCCACACGUCCCCAGGGAUAUUGAUGGUCACGACUCAUGACCUUCUCAAUUAUAUGCACGAAGACUGGUCAGGUGACCCUCCAGCCGCUCAGCGCCAGUAUUGGCGUAGACCACCGGUUGCUCGGAAGUACUUAAAUACCCAGCCGGUCAGCUUGUUAGCUACAUUAACCGCACCAACCGCAAUGGCCCCCGCACCAAGCACGACCCCGUAUACAUCGCCUUACAACCCAUCUACGUCCACCUUCAAGGAUAAUAUAUUCGAUGGCAAGGUGUUGUUUUGCACUGGUGGUGGGAGUGGAAUAUGUAAAGGCAUGGUUGAGGCAAUGAUGAAGCAUGGUGUAAAUGCUGCUAUAGUAGGCAGAAAACUAGAUCGGCUGACCUCGUCGGCAAAAGAACUGUCCUCUUCAACGGCCCGGAAGUGUAUCCCACUUCAAGCUGACGUCCGUAAACCAGAGCAAUUGCGCGCUGCUGUCGACGCGACCAUAUCCGAGUAUGGACGCAUUGACUUUGUUAUUUGUGGUGCUGCUGGUAAUUUUUUGGCACCUAUCGAAGCUGUUUCGGAAAACGGCUUCCGAACUGUGAUGGAAAUUGACACUCUGGGUACCUACCACACGGUCAAAGCGACUCUACCUUAUGUACGUGAGCAACAUGGUGCCUACAUUAUGGUUUCAGCACUUCUGCAUUAUCGAGGGACUCCGUGGCAAAUUCACGUGUCAGCAGCAAAGGCGGGUGUGGAUGCCAUUAGCCAAGUCCUGGCCGUAGAGGAAGGACCACGUGGUGUACGAAGUAAUGUAAUUGCUCCAGGCCCUAUUGGUGGUACCGAAGGGAUGGAUCGGUUAGGAGCCAAACUCGACGAUAAAGACAAAAAAGCCUUAGGGUUGGGAGUUAAUUCAGACAUCCCGCUGCAAAGGAUGGGGAGCAUAGGGGAUGUUGCAAAUGCGGCAGUCUUCCUAUUUAGUGACGCCGCGAGCUGGAUUACAGGGCAAACUAUCGGAGUGGAUGGUGGGGAUCUCCACACCAAUCGCCCCGCACUUCCUUAUCCUGCCGGAAUCCUCGAUCCGUCCUCGGUUCAGCGCAUGAUUAAGCCGCGACUCUAA